AAAGAGGAGAACAGUGCUGAUGGCUGAUAAUAGAAACGCCUGCAGAGGAGCAGAGGAGAUUGAAAGAGGCAAAGGCGCGGUCCGGCGGCAGUCGAAGUUCUAGUAGUCGUACAAGUAAGCGAGGUGCGUCGGACCUGCGGUGCGUGGGACGGACGAGAGUUGGAGCUCAGCACGAGGUGAAAGUCGAGAGGGGAGAUUGUCGAUGCUUGGCGCGGGGCAGGGGAACAGUGAGAUGCACGCAGCAGACAGAGACAGGUAGGCAGCUAUAAAGGUAUCGAUGCUUGGCAUUUACCCCACAUCGCCCCGGAGAAGUCAAUCUCCACGCGCCUGUGAUACAAACAGAUACGCCCAAGUAGUCCUUCCUAUCGCACGCUGUUUUGACCUUUGAUCGCCUUGGCGAUGAUCAAUCAAAGAUGGCUCAAGACGGCACUAGUAGCGGAGGUGCCUGUGCUCAUCGUGACUCUUGCUCUACUAUCGUGGGCGCUUUACGCACUAAACGACGCCGCCACCUUCAUCGGCAUGGUCAGCAUCAGUAAUCCUUAUCCCAACAAGCACCAAGCCAAGUAUGGGCUGGAUCUGGGCACUCAGAUUGUCACGCUGACCACAACUUUCACAGAUUUGACCUAUCUGUACUCGCCCGUCAUCGUAUAUGCUACCCGCACAAGGUCCGUAUACUAUCAAAACACAUCCACUACCGUUGUUAUCAGACAAACCAGCCAAAUGUUCCUCGGCACCACCUCUGGCACAAUCACGGCUACACAGACCUCGACACUAUGGCCCGCAUACGGAGGGACUGCCCCUUACGGGGACAUCUAUUCUCAGGCUCACGUCAAUCCCAGCAGCCUGAAGGUAUGGUCAUCAGGAGAAUAUGACGCAUACCUUUCUUCUGCCGGUCUCCUGCCGAGCACUGUGGGAACACCACCGGCUUCAGUGACCCAGUCUUCGAGGACGACAACGACGUCAGUCCCGACGGCAAGUGCCACUCCGGCUCCCGAACGGCGAGAUGGAAGCUGGAGCGAGGGAUAUACCUACCAUGCAAUGCAAGACGGCCUGUACAACGAUGACGCAGAUAACGAGUACUUUCUUCCGUUGUGGCUGGGAGCUUUCGCAGCUUGCUUGGCCGUCAUCGUGCUGCGCCUCAUUGUAAAUGUUGCGUAUGUAUGCAUGACUCCGAGAAAGCCGACCGCCGUGCUCCUGCUCUGCACAGCUGCCAUUGCAUUCCUUGUCCUCAGCGCCUGCGGCAUCUCUGCAUGGUCCUACUUUGUCCUCAUCCAACACCUCCGAGCUCCAGAGGUGCUUGCUACUUUCAUAUUCUAUAUCAUCAGCACGAUUGCGACUGUGCCAGUCCUGGUAGCAGGAGCGUUCGAACUGCAGCGCUACAAGAGGGAAGCAAGGUUCAAGCCUAAGGAGACCAUUGUUUUGCAGGAGAUGACAGGAGAGCAAGUCGACAGAGGGGAAGUGGACAGCGCGAACACAGCGUCUGAUCAUCAACCUCCGCCCGCGUAUGAGAAGUAAUGCUUCUUCACCCUUGUAGGCUGCUGUCUGCUUUUACAUUCAUGAAAUUGUCACACCCAUGUCUGACGUUGUGAG